CCUGUGACUUCAGGAUCUGUAAACAUCAAGUGAGCAAAGAAAAUCCUUUCUUGAUUCAUCUGCAUCAGUGAUAGACACAUACCAGUGUAAGGUCUGACCGUGAGAGAACAAGAUGGAAACUCUGUUUCUCUUCCUUUUCCUGAAAGUUAUUCAAGCUGAAGCCUCGUCUUGGACGCUUCAGGUGCCAUCUUCAAUUAAAGGCCUCCCUGGAUCCUGUGUGGUGAUUCCCUGCUCAUAUAACUACCCUGAUCCGAGGAAGACGGUCACUCAAUUCACUGGGAUUUGGCAGGAGGACACAAAUAAGCUUAUCUAUCACCCUGUUGCCUCUAAAAUCAUGCAGCAGUAUCAAGGUCGAACCGAGCUGGUGGGAGAUGUCAGACAAAAGAACUGUUCACUGAAGAUUGAUCCUCUUCAACAAAGUGACCGUGGGCCUUUUCAUUUCAGGAUCGAAAUUGGAAACUAUGAAAGUUUUUCUUACCUGCAGAACAAAGUCUCCAUUACAAUGAUAACUGAACCAAAUCCCAUCAAUUUCUCUGUGAAAGAGGAAGUGGAGGAGGGUGUAAAGGUGUCUGCGUCCUGCUCUGUGUCUCACUCCUGCCCCGCCUCUCCCCCUGUCUUCACCUGGAGUCACUCUGGACAAGAACAUUUCCAACCACAGCAGCUUGAAAAUGGCCAGUGGGAAGCAACGUCCACGCUGACCUUUCAACCCACCCGCACUGAUAACAACAAGCCUUUACAAUGCACCGUAACAUACAAGGGAGGGCAGCACCAGAAAACAUCCAAGGUCCUCAACGUAAAAUAUGCCCCUGUGAAUGUGAAGGUUGAAUACAAGUCAAAUGUAAAGGAGGGAGAGGAUGUGAGGCUGAAAUGCACCAGUGAUGCUCACCCUGCCAGCAACUUUGAGUGGCGAAGUGACACUGGUGCUCAACUGCACAAGGGAAACCUCUACAUGCUGAAAAACGUCUCCAGACACACAGGUGCCCUGUAUUGUAUUGCCAUCAACAAAAUGGGACAAGGCAGAUCAAGCCCUGUUCAGCUCAACGUGUCAUAUGCCCCUGAGAUUAAGAACGUCUCUUCCUGCUCCUCAGAGGGGGAUAUGGUGAAGUGCAUCUGCAUUGUAGAAUCCAAGCCCUCCAGCAUGGUCCAUUUUUUGCUUUCUAACAGAGUCCUGUCAAGUACCAAGGUAGAAAUCCAUGGACCUGUUUCCAUCGGGACUCUGCAGGCAAACUUGGGAUCAUUUAGAUUCAUCCACUGUGUGGCAAACAACACGGUGGGCAAUGCCAACAUCACACUAACUUUUCCGGAUAAAAGUCAGAUACCGACUCUUGCCAUCGCCGGUGGAGCUGCAGCUGCGAUUUUGGUGAUACUAAUAGUGGUGGCAGUGGUUAAGAAAUGUAGGGGGAGAUCUGGAGGUGUGCCACCAUCUCAAAUGCAGACCAUGACAACACACAAAACUGUGGAGGUCCCCCAUUACUCUACAACACCAAGGAAAGAGAUGUGCUAUGAUGAUGAACAGUACCCUAGCAAUGAUCAUAUAUAUGGCAACAUGGAGACUGAAUGGACAACAGAUGAUGAUGCAAUAUACGCCAAUGCAUAAUGUGAACAAGAACAUUCCUGAUUGGUCCAAGAGAACUGCUGCGGUCCAUCUGUGUGUCCUCUCACUGAUGUGAUUAUUAUGUGGUUAAUAUUAUCAUUAUUAUUAUCAUUAUUAUUAUCAUUAUUAUUAUUAUUAUUAUUAUUAUUAUUAUUAUUAUUAUUAUUAUUAUUAUCUGUUCACAUAUAUUUUUCAUAAGUACUCUGUUUGAAAAUAAUCCUAUUAUUCAUGAUCUUUUGUGUCUGCAUGUUUCUCUGUAGUCCAGAAACAAAACUGUUUUGCAGUAACCUGCAUUGCUUGUGUGUGUGUGUGUGUGUGUGUGUGUGUGUUGUAAAGUAUCACGGUUUAAUUCAUAUAUUAAUUUACUUGUAAAUAUGUUUGAUAAUUAUUUGUUUUUGCUCUGUAUCAGUCAUCCAUUACCAGCACACAUUGCUUCACAAGUUACAUUGAAGUGCACCUUUUGAAUUUCCUCUUUAGAGUUCACGAUAGCUUUAUCAGAAUGACAGAUAAGAGUAGAAUUUUGUAAUGCUUGUUUCCCCCUGAAUAAAAUAAUAAGGUAAAGAAA